AUGGCCCAAUGGCUCGCUGUCGUGGGCCUGGUGGUGGUGCUGUUGGGAGGGCAUCCAAGCCGAGGUGAAGCGGACGAGCAGGCUUUCGUGUUUGUAGAUCAGGCAGGUCAUUUGCAUCUCAACAGCUCCACCGUGCGUGGUGAACAGACCCGGGUUUACGUCAAUGGGCACGACCUGGACGCGGUCUUUGAUCAGCUUGCCCACCUUCAGGCCGUCGUGGCAUCACAACGGGCUUUGCUGGAUGCUGCCUUUCCACAGCUGAUCAAGCCACAAAUUUACCUGAUUGGAGGCGUUGUUGAAAACAACGUGACGUCUGAUGUUCAACUGUUUGAUGGCUACAACUGGACAAUGGGCCCCUCGCUGCCAACGCCCCGUGCCGCCGCAGCUGCUGCUGUGUACGGGGAGUAUUUAUACUACUUGGGGGGCUCGCCCCAGGCGCAAUCACGGGUUGAUGUAUUCAAUCGCUUUGCUUGGUACGAGGGGCCCUCGCUCAACAUCGCCCGUGCUCAGCUGGAAGCCGUCACGUUUCGAGGCCGACUUUAUGCCUUGGGUGGAUAUGACAACAUGCAUGCACUCAGCUCGGUCGAGGUCUUCAAAGGCUCUUCAUGGGCGGAAGGUCCGCCCAUGAUCAUUGCUCGCCAUUCCUUUGGCGCUGUUGUCUUUCAGGACCGCCUCUACGUGGUGGGAGGCUCCAACGACACCCAUUUUGUGUCCCACCUCGAGACCUUUGAUGGCGAGGCAUGGUCCCUUGUGGACCGUGAAAUGCCACAAGCAGUUCGUGCAUUUGGGCUGUCUGUUUUUCAAGGGCUGCUCUAUGUUGUCGGUGGUACCAAUAACACGGUGUUCAGCGGCGUCUGGACGUUUGAUGGUGUCGACUGGGCCGAGGCACCUGCCCUCUCCCAGCCUCGUCGAGCCUUGAGCUGUGUGGUCUACGAAGGCGAGCUGUUCGCGAUCGGCGGAGCCGCCAUUGAAUCAGUUUACAACGUGGAAAUUUUCAACGGCUCAGCUUGGCGUGAUGGCCCGCUUGUCCUCCGUGGACCUCGCCAUACAAUGGCCGUGAGCCAUGCCUUGGGCAGCUCCUUUACCGUCGUUCUUGAUGCUGGUGAGGAGCAGUGCUAUUUUGAAGACGUUGAUGCUAGUCUCAAGCCCAAGCUGCUCGACAUGGAUUUUCAGGUAACAUCUGGCGGCAAUCGCGAUGUUGACUUCUCCGUGACGGCACCCAACGGACAGCUGAUGGAGCGCGGCGUGCGUAAGCGUGAGGGUGGUCACGAAUCAAAUAUCCCUGCCGCUGGUACUUGGAAGUUUUGCUUCAGCAACCGCUUCUCUACCAUGACGCAAAAGGCCAUCUAUUUCUCGCUGUUUGUCGAUUAUGACAACGACGACUCAUUGCCAAGCGCCGACGCCUCCAUGCACGAGAUGGAAGAGAGUGCCAAGCGUGUACAUCGCCACCUCCAAACCUGCCAGCGCCUCGCCUCGCACAUUGGUACCCGCUACCAUCGUCAAAUCGAGACUGCCGAGUUCAAGGACCAACAAGUCAUGAUGUUUUCUUCGCUCGAGAUUGCGGUCGUCGUCGCCGUGGGUGCCUUGCAGGUGGUAGUGAUCCGGCGCUUCUUCAACACCGAGUCCAACAAGCCGGCCCUGUAG